AUGGCGUCAUUAUCGUUACCACGAGUGCUCCAAUUAAAAAAGAACAGUGUAGAUGCUGAAAGAGAACAAUUUGAAAAAUUUCAGACAUCAGCCAUCCAAAAAGCCAUAAAUGCUGUUGAAACCCCAGUCAAAGAGAAACAUGUACGAAGUGCGAUCAUCGGGACUUUCCAUGAACAAAGCGCGGCAACAUACUGGAUGGUAGCCAUCCGGCAGCCGCUCCAGGAUGACAGGAUUGUGUCGUGGAAGUUUUGCCACGUGACGCACAAGCUGCUCCGCGAGGGCCACCCCGCCUGCCUCGACGACUCGCAGCGGCAUAUAGGCAUGAUCGAAAGUCUUGGCAAGCUAUGGGUACAUCUACGCGAAGGCUACGGACGGCUAAUCCACUUAUACUGCAACUUAUUGGUAACAAAGUUAAAGUUUCACGCGCGAAAUCCUCGAAUACCUGGUAAUAUGCAGCUAACUGUUGACGAAUUGGACGAGAUCGCUGAGAACGACGUCAACAACUAUUUUCAGCUAUGCGUGGAAUUCUUCGAUUAUAUGGAUGAUAUACUUAACUUACAAGCUGCAGUGUUCGACAGCCUAGGCAACGCGCGCGCCAACUCGAUGACGGCGAGCGGGCAGUGCCGGCUGGCGGCGCUCAUCCCGUGCGCGCAGGACUCCUCGCACAUAUACGACUGCAACGUGCGCCUGCUGUUCCGCCUGCACGCCGCGCUGCCCGCCGACGUGCUCGCCGGCCACAGGGAGAGAUUUCGACAGCAGUUCAAGAAGUUGAGUUCAUUCUACAAACACGCGAGCAGUUUGCAAUAUUAUAGAAACUUGCUUACACUUCCCGUGUUGCCUUCGAAUCCGCCUAACUUCCUCUUACAGAGCGACUUCGGCACGUACGUGACGCCCGUCGUGUCUAUCCCCGAGCUGCCGCCCGACGAGGUGGACGCCGUGGGCUCGCUCAUUGACACCUCGGAUACUAUUAGCCAGGCAACGACGCCAGACCACUUGGACCUGGUGGACACGCGCGCGUCCCCCUCGCCCGCGCCCGACCCCAUCAUCGAGAGGGACCGCCUCAUCGACCAUCUGCAGCACGAGCUCAAGCGGAUGAGGUUGGAAGUAUCGCAAAUAAUACAAGAAAGGAAUGCAAUGAUCGGAUCCAUGCGAGAAAAUUACACGCGGAUGGAAUCGCAGUUGCACGCCACGAAAAAUGAACUCCAAGAAGAAAAACAAAAAACAGAUAUCUUGUCCGCAGAAACACCCGAGAUUAAAAAAAAGCUUGGCCAGACUGAGGAGAGGGCUAAAGUGUUAGAUGAAAAAUUCCAAAAGUUAAAAGGAGCGUAUACACAACUACGUGAAGAGCAUAUAAAUUUAAUCAGACAGAAAGCAGAGGUGGAUAAGCUAUCGGCUAAGUUGCGCGCGGCCGCCGCCCAGCACGAGAGCGCCAAGACUAUGCUGCAACAACAGUUGAAUGAUAGAAUGAAAGAUGUAGAAUUGCUCCAGCAAAGCGCAUCGUCGAGCGAAGAAAUUGAAGCUUACAAAUCAGAACUAACAAAUCUUCGCAGUGAACUCGAACAGUCUAGACAAAAGGAGGUCGAACUACAGGCUCUCAGAGCUUCUAUGGAAGCCCUAGAGAUAGAACAUAAAACUGCAACAACCGAACAACAAGAAAAACUCACAGUCAUGGCUAAUGAUUUGAAAGAGGCGACAGAAAGCAUUGAGAAACUUAAACAAGAGGUGAGCGAGAAGAAUACAGAAUUAAGUAAAGCCAAAGAUGAAUUAACUGUUCUUAGACAAAAGAGCGGGGAUGAAUACAAAAAAGCCUUGGAAGAAAAGGAUGAAGCGUUAAAAGAACUGUCUGAACUUAAGCAGCGAUACCAACAGGAGAAAGAGGAGCAAAUUCAUUACACUAACAAUUUACAAGCUGAUUUAGAAAGAUUUCAAAUGAAAUUUACUGAAGCACAAGGAAAAUUCGGACGUCAAUGUAGUAAAUUGGAUGAAGAAUUAUCUUUGAAAAGUCAAGAAUUUGAAAGUAUCUUGAGUAAAAAAGAUAUUGAAUUAAAAGAAGCAUUAGAGAAGCUCGCGCAUUUGCAAGAUAAGAUUGAAAAUAUAAAAAACAACAAUGAAAAAAUUAUUAAUGAUAAAACAAAAGAAGUUGAAGAUUUGUCUUCGAAUGUUACUCAGUUACAAAGUAUUAUAAGUUCUAAUAAUGAAUUACUACAAGAUUUGAGCAAUGUAUCUAUGGAAAAGGAAAGACAAAUAAUAUCUUUAAAAUCUGAAUUAGAACAAAUAAAUGAAAAAGUUUUUCUUUUAACUGAACAGUUGCAAGUCUGUCGAGAUGAUUUAGAAACAAGUCAGAAUGAGCUGACCAAUCUAAAAGAACAACAUGGAGCUACAGAAACUCAAUACGUAAGAACUAUUGAACGAAAUAACCUUGAAAUUGAAGAACUUAAACAAAAUUUUACAGAUACAUGUCUAGAGAAAGACCAAUUAAGCGCAGAGCGAGAUGCUUUAAUUUCGCAUAAACAGGAACUUGAAAAUUCUAUUCAGAAGUUACAAAGUGAACAAAAAAAGCUAAGUUGUGAUUUAGAUUGUAUUUCUAAAGAAAAAACUGAAAUGGAAAUCACAUUGAAGGAAGAAACAGAACAUUUGAAGGCAAAAUACUGUCAAUUAGAAAUAGACCGAGAGGCUGAAAUAAAAUCGUUAAAUGAAAGAAUACAAGGUAAUGGGGAAGAAUUUAAGAAAGUUUUGUCGGAAAAAGAAAUGGCUCUCAAUGACUUUAAAACACUUACGGAAGAUUUAAAAGCCCAAAUAUUAGAGCUUGAGGAGUCGAAGGCAAAAGAAAUUGAUGAAUCAAAUAAAGCAUUGUCUGAUAAAGAUUCUGAAAUACAGUUGCUUGAGGCUAGAUUAGAGCACACGGAGAACGAGCGAUUGAAUGCCGAGUGUGAAUUGCAGGAUUUGUUGCAACAAAAUACUAUCCUGGAAGCAGAUAUGGGCUCGCUCAAAAUACAGUUGGAAGAGGCGAACGUGACAAUAAAGAAACAAUCUUCUAAACUGGUCGCUUGUGCCGCUGAAUCCGCAUUAGAAGUGACUAAUGGGGCGAUAUCUGCGCUUGAAAAUUCUAAUGCACAAGAUGCAAAUAAAUUAGCUGCAGAAUUAGCCGCAAAAGCUUUUGAAGAAUUGGCAAGGAAAUCACAGGUCGAAGGCAAUGAAGAGUUUGUAGCGAGGAACGCUAUCCUCGCGGCACACAACGCGGCGCAGCUGUCGGUCUACGUCCUAGACCUCUCCAACAUUAGCACUGAUCUUGAACUUUCAGAGAAACUAAGCAACGAAUGCCGCACAAUGCUAUCUUCGGCCAAGCAAUGCCUGGAGUCGCUCAGCACGGGUGUGGUGGGGCGCGCCGCGUGCAUAGAGGCGCGCGCGGCGGUGCAGACGGCCGCGCGCGCCGCCGCCGCCGCCGAGCGGCACGCGGGCGGCGCGCGCAGCGUGGACGACGAGCUCGCGGACAUGGACAGGGCUAUUGAAGAUGCGGCUGGACAGAUUGAGGAAAUGCUGAAAGCGAGCAGAGCGGGCGACACCGGCGUGAAGCUGGAAGUGAACGAGAAGAUCCUGGACGCGUGCACGACGCUGAUGCGCGCAGUGAAGGUGCUGGUGCAGGACAGCCGGCGGCUGCAGAGCGAGCUGGGCGACCCAACCGCGCGCCAGAAGCUGUACCGUCGCAACCCGCAGUGGUCGGAGGGGCUCAUCUCCGCCGCCAAGGCGGUGGUCUUCGCGGCCAAGUUACUUGUUACGUCGGCGGACGAGGCGGUGCGGUCGGCGGGGCGCGUGGAGGGCGUGUCGGUGGCGGCGCACGAGGUGGCGGGCAGCACGGCGCAGCUGGUGGCGGCGUCCCGCGCGCGUGCGCCGCCCGCCGCGCCCGCGCUCGCGCGCCUCACCGCCGCCAGCCGCGACGUGGCCGCCGCCACCGGCGCCGUGGUCGCCGCCGUGCGCGCUGCCGCUGUACUCGCACGUGACCAAGAGGCGCUGGACACGUCGGCGCUGUCGCUGACGGCCACGCGCCGCCUCGAGAUGGACAGCAAAGUGCGCGCUCUCGAGCUGGAGACGGCGCUGGAGGCGGAGCGCGCGCGCCUCGCCGCGCUGCGCAAGCGGCACUACCACCUCGCGCAGCUGCACGAGAAUGGGAAUAUGACAAAUGGAGAAGAG